AUGAGAAACGGAUUGUAUCGGUUAUGGUGUGUAGCGAGUGCAGCAAGAGAAGUGGCCAGGUGCUCAGUUGCAAGGGCUAAUUCGGCCAUGUGCGAGUACAUGCGUACAUCCAACAUCGUGGGUCGCUGGACCCACGACGGGCAAUGGGAAGCAGCCAAAGCUCUGUCUCAACGGGUCAGGAAGGACCACGCUGCUAACUAA